AUGCCUCCUACAACCGCCACCGUAUCCUACGACAAGAAAGAUGGCAGCCUCGUGGUUUCAGAGGACAAAAAGUACGUCUUCUGGACACCCUCAGGAGCCUCCUCGCCCGCCGUGACGAUCCCAGUGUCCGACAUCACGAACCUCCAACAGACCCCCGCGACGUCCAAGAAUAUCGCGCUGAAAGUUGUGGUGGGGGAGAAGGGCUAUGUGUUCAAGUUUACGCAUAAGGAGAAGGCGAGGGCGGAGCAGGAGGGGGUGACGGGGCUUUUGAGGGAUACCAUUCAGGUUAAUAAGACGAAGGAGAAUGCCGUGCCGCUCGCGAGGGAUGCUUCAGCGACGGGGACGCCUACGCCUGCACCGCCGAGUGGAGGGGAAGAUGCUCCUGGGCAGAGCGCUGCCAUGGCGAUUGCGAAGGCGAUAUCUUCCAAGGCGGCGGAUGAGGGGUGGUAUGACGAUGCGAAGCUGAAGAGCGACGAUAGACUUCAGCGGUCGCUGCUCGAGUCGAACAAAGCGCUACGGGAUCGCUUCAAUCAAGCACUAAGGGAGAAACCCGAGUCGGUGUCGAUUUCGCAGUUCACAUCGCAGUUCUGGUCCGCGAGGUUGCAUCUCCUCCGCGCGCACGCGAUCGAGAAUGCGCAGAAGCAGGGCGAAUACAAUGUGCUGCCGGAGAUCAAAUUUAUGCGGAAACCGGCGGAGAAGGAGGGCGAGCCGGACACGAAGAUGCUGAGCAUCACCAAGGAGCAGAUCAAGCUGAUUUUCAAACAAUACCCGAUCGUGCGGGAGGCGUACGAUGAGAAUGUGCCGCCGCUGCGGCAGGAUCAGUUCUGGACGAGGUUCUUUCAGAGUCGAUUGUUGAAGAAGUUGAAGGGGGAGAAGAUCACGCAGCAGGAUGAGAGGGAUCAGAUUCUGGAUAAGUAUCUCGAUCGUCCGGAGGCGGGGCCCGCGACGAUGGGACAGGUGCCGCAUUGGAUGGAUUUGGAGGGGAAUGAGCAGAAUCAUAGUCAGAGGAAGGGGAAUCGACCGGAUGAGGAUAUGCGGCCGUCGUCGUAUGAGAAGGUGCCGAUUUUGAGGGUGUUGAAUAAUUUGUCGGAGAAGAUGAUGGCGUCGGUGGCGCCUGAGGACGGCGAGGCGCAUCAGCCGGUUGGGAUUGAUGAGGAGACGUUUGAGCAGUUGAGGUUGAGGGAUUUGGCGAGGGAGGAUGUGGAUAAUCGGGUGGUGCUGAAUAUUAGCGAGCAGCAGCGGUAUGCUGGAGGGAAGGAGGAUGAUCUUUCUGCGGAGGCGAAGUUAUAUGCUCAGCAGGAUCCUGAGAGGGUUCUGGAGAGGUUGAGGUCGGAUUUGCUGCCUGAGCACCUUGGGAGCGAUGAGACGGGGACGUUGCGACUUGAUGGGGUUAUCGGGUAUCAUACGGACGACGACUCGGAUUCAGAAGACGAGGCACCCUCACAACAAGCCAACGGCACGGCCCCGAAGAAAAAGAAGAAACCCGCCCAGCGCAUCGGCUCCCACAACGCCAUGUCCUCCGCAACAACCACCAUCCUCACCUCGAUCAAACAACGCCGCCACGCCGCCUCCACGGACCAGACCUCCCUCAACGGCCUCAGCCAAACCACCUUCGACACCCUCACCAUGACGCACAACACCACGACCGAAUUCCUGCACUACUUCUGGACGCUCUUCCUCUCCGGCGACAGCGCCCGCGUCGGCGAACUCGCCCAGCUCGUGCAGACGCUCGACCGCUCCGUCGACCGCAUCCACGCCGUCAUGGAUGCCGCGGAGAAGGAGCGCGAGAGGAAGAUUGACGAUGUGAAGAGAGCGGAUGCGGAGUACUAUGAGCGGACGAAGAAGAGGCGGCGGAGGGAUUUUGCCGCGGUUCCGGGGGGGAAGGGGGUUGUGGAGGGGAUGGUGAGGCCGACGUUGAGGGGGAUUGAGGUCGCUACGGGGGCUUAUAGGAAGGCGUUGGAGGAGCAGACGAGGGAGGGUGGGGGCGUGGGUGUGGGUGUGUAG